ACAGCGUCGUUCCUUCACCCUCCUUUCCUCCUUCCCCCACCAUGGCCUUCCCCUCAUUCAGGAGGAGGAGCAUACAUAUUUGUCUCUCUCUCCUCGCUCUCUUUCUCUUGGGCACCGUCGUCGUCCUAUCCUCCGUGUCCUACUAUCUGUCCAUUCCCGACGCUGCCUACAUCACUGAACAGGAGCUCGAUGCCCCUUUUAACCUCUCCGUCCCCUGGAACGCUACAGAACACGGAAAAGUAGAGCGCAUCCCUAGAAUCCUCCAUCAGACUUGGAAGUCAGAGACGCUCCCCGACCGGUGGAAGGGCAUCUCCCAGGAGUGUCGUGACAUGAUGCCCGAAUAUGAAUACAUGCUCUGGACAGACGCCAGUGCUCGCGAGUUCGUCGCAGAGCACUACCCGUGGUUCUUGGAUACCUUCGAUUCCUACACCUACCCCAUCCAGCGCGCCGAUGCUAUCCGCUACUUUGUCCUCCAUCACUACGGCGGCAUAUAUCUCGAUCUGGAUAUCGGUUGUCUUCGCCGUCUCGACCCCCUCCUCGUACAUCCUGUCAUCCUCCCGCGCACCAUCCCUGUCGGCGUAUCCAACGACCUCAUGUUCGCAGAAAAGGGGCAUCCUUUCCUCGCCCAGACCAUUCACAACCUCGUCACCUUCGACCACAACUGGGUUCUGAACUAUCCCACCGUCAUGUUCUCCACUGGGCCCAUGUUCCUCUCUGCCCAGUAUGGACUCUAUAGUACCUCGCAUCCCUUCACUCCGGACCAUCCGGGCGGUGAGAUCCGCGUCCUACCCAAGUCCCUCUAUGGAAAGAACGCGAAGCCUGAAGAGGCGCCCCAUUCCUUCUUCACUCACUUCUAUGGCAGCAGCUGGCACGCCGACGACGCGGCGUUCAUUGGGUUCCUGGGCAAGUGGGGUAAAGGCCUUAUGUGGGUAGGCCUUGCUAUUUUGGUCAUGGGCGUGCUGCGGAUGCUGUGGACUAGCAGCAAGCAGCGAAGCUAUGCGCUGCGGAGAAUCGGUGGGUAUGAAGUCCUGCUGCCUCGCUGGGUCGAGCGCAAUGGACGGUGGCACCUUGAUUUGGGUUGGAUUUCCCUUCCCGGGCGCCCCUCGCCCUCAGCCACCCCCAUCAUCUCCCAGCGCAUGUCGUCCGACAUUCCUGACAGUCUGAGGUCCAGCAGUGACGAGGACGUCUCUCUCCUCCCUCUUUCCCUCGACAUCCGGCCCUCGUCGCCCGCAAACUCUGACUAUCCCCCAUCGCCCUCCUCGUACUCUGCCGCGGACGCAAUGCGGCGCGUUAGACGUGGAGUGGCGUCUCUUUUUGGAUCUUCAUCAGACGUACUGCGGUCUCCCGCGCGCUCCCGCAGACGACCACGCGGCGUGCUCUUCUUCCUGCCCGCGUUCGCGUCAGGGGGCGAUAUCGCUCUGCCCUCUCACGAGACCCCGUCCCGCUUCCCUGCGCCCAUUUCCACGACGUCCCCCUUCCUGUCACGCUCUCUGUCGCGCACGACCUCGCCCUCGCCAUCGUAUCCCCCCGAUAAGCGAAGGCCCGAAGAGCUCGAACAGGGCGUCGCCACCAGCGAGUCGCUUCCGUCGUAUUCCGAGGCAUCCAUCUCGGCGUACGGUGCCCCCGCAUCAGAUGCGAGCGGUUCGCGGCGUACCUUCGCUAAUUUCACACCCAUCGAAUAGGCGUUCGGUAUCGCUCUGCGUUGGCUCCCCCCUUCCCACCCGCUGCUCUAUUUACGAUACGGGCGUCCGCUUGUCAUUAACUCGCUGUUCUCACACGUUCUCAGACAGACGUUUUUACACAUUGUUUUUUGUGUGUGGCCUAUUCCUUCUACUUCGUAUUCGUAUCUAUUUCGCACACAUACACACAUACGCCUCGGAUUCACGCAACUCACUUAGUAGUGGCAGAAACGAGAACUUUCGUCCCGUUCCAAGUACCGCUAUAAAACCAAAUAAUCUCUUGUGCAUUUCUUGGUUCUGCGUCGAUACCCCUUGCCAUUCCGAUAGGAACGAACAUGAAUUGUAAGCUACUAAUGUGUCGGUUCCUAGAACCCUCCCUUUGGACAGGACAAGAGUAGAGAUUGAUAUCGAGACACGCUAUAAAUAUGACACAUCUCCCGAGUAGUACAC